AUGACUUCCAGCAAAAUUGAGGUGCCUGCUGGAAUGAAGGCGGACCCGGCAGCCUUGAUGGCUUCUCUGCACUUGCUGCCUUCUCCGACCCUCAACCUGGAAAUCAAGCACACCAAAAUUUUUAUCAACAAUGAGUGGCAAAAUUCAGAGAGUGGGAAAAUAUUCCCCGUAUUUAAUCCUGCAACAGGAGAACAGAUCUGUGAAGUGCAAGAAGCUGACAAGGCUGACACAGACAAGGCCGUGCUGGCUGCUCGGCUGGCCUUCUCCCUGGGCUCGGGGUGGCGGAGGAUGGACGCCUCUGAACGAGGACACCUCCUGGAGAAGCUGGCCGACCUGGUGGAGAGAGACCGGGCCCUCCUUGCCACCAUGGAGUCACUGAACAGUGGGAAGCCCUUCCUCCAGGCCUUCUACGUCGACCUUCACGGCGUCAUCAAGACCUUGCGGUAUUUUGCCGGUUGGGCAGACAAGAUUCACGGAUUGACCAUCCCGGUGGACGGAGAUUAUUUCACCUUUACGAGGCAUGAGCCCAUCGGGGUGUGUGGACAGAUCAUCCCGUGGAACUUCCCCCUCCUGAUGUUUGCGUGGAAGAUUGCGCCAGCCCUCUGCUGUGGCAACACGGUGGUCCUCAAGCCGGCCGAGCAAACCCCACUCACCGCCCUCUACUUGGGCACCCUCAUCAAGGAGGCCGGGUUUCCUCCAGGCGUGGUCAACAUUUUGCCAGGAUUUGGACCCACGGUGGGGGCGGCAAUUGCUUCGCACACAGGGAUCGAUAAAAUCGCCUUCACAGGUUCCACAGAGGUGGGGAAGCUGGUUCAAGAAGCAGCCGGCAGAAGCAACCUGAAGCGGGUGACGCUGGAACUUGGGGGGAAGAGCCCCAACAUUAUUUUUGCGGACGCAGAUUUGGAGCAGGCGGUGGAGCAGGCCCACCAAGGGGUCUUCUUCAACCAAGGCCAGUGCUGCACGGCCGGCUCCCGCAUCUACGUGGAGGAGCCCAUCUAUGAGGAGUUCGUCCGGAGGAGCGUGGAACGGGCCAAGAGGAGAGUUGUGGGCAGCCCCUUUGACCCCACCACCGAGCAAGGGCCACAGAUCGACCAGAAGCAGUACAACAAGAUCCUGGAGCUGAUCCAGAGCGGCGUGGCAGAAGGGGCCAGGCUGGAGUGCGGGGGCCAAGGAUUGGGGCGCAAGGGUUUCUUCAUUGAACCCACCGUUUUCUCCAACGUGACUGAUGACAUGCGAAUCGCCAAGGAAGAGAUCUUUGGGCCUGUGCAAGAAAUCCUGAGGUUCAAAACCCUGGAGGAAGUGAUCGAGAGGGCCAACAACUCCGACUUCGGGCUGGUGGCUGCUGUCUUCACCAGGGAUAUCAACAAGGCGCUGACCGUCUCCUCCGCCAUGCAGGCAGGAACUGUCUGGGUCAACUGCUACAACGCCUUAAAUGCCCAGAGUCCCUUCGGGGGUUACAAGAUGUCCGGCAACGGAAGAGAAAUGGGAGAGUAUGGCCUGCGAGAAUACUCCGAAGUGAAGACGGUGACCAUCCGGAUUCCUCAGAAGAACUCCUAAGAGGAGGAGGGGGCUCCCCAGCACCAGACGCGCCUCUGCCGUUCUCCAGAGGGACCACUGAGCACUCAGGAAUUGUUAAAAAGUGACACUGAUGUUUGUUUGGUUUAAGAUAACAUGGCAGCCGCCUUCCUGAUUCAACCUGGGGCUCUUCCCACUGCUGACACUGCCCUCCUUUGACCUUUGGAAAGACGCUUGCGCUGGACGACGGCCCCCUCCCCAGCUGCGGGAGGAGCCCCUGGCGGGGAAAGCCCCUUGGUUCUCUGGGCCACACAGCCAGGCAGGCCUGGGUCACCUGGUGGGCAGCCAUCCCGCUGCCCGUGCCAUUGCCUUGGGAGGCUCUGCCAGCUCUCCUCGGGUGGAAGGAACAGGUGGCUUGGCCGGCUGGGGCUCCUGAAGGGCUUUGGAGAGGCGGCAGCCAUUCCCCCAUUCCCUCUCUUUUCCCUGGGGGUCACCAAGAGGCAGCACUUUCCGCUGCUUCAGGAAGGGGCUUCUGGGAGCCUCCAUUUACUCCCCUUGCCUGGCUGCAGAAGGCACUUUGGGGGGGGGGGAGGCAGAUCCUUUCCUCCCCUGCUCAGGUGCCUCCGAGUCGCUUGGGGAGCUGACUCCCAAAGUCCCGAUCAUCCAGGCGGUUCUUCCCUCACUCUCAGCUCCCCAGACGAUUUUGCCCCAGGUGCCAACCUGGCCCCCUUUGAAGUGGCUCCCCUGGGUGACCAAACAGCCGUCCCUUCCCCUACUGGCAGAGGUUUUGAGGAGAACAAACGGCCCCACAAACCUCGGCCUACCGACAGGCGGCUGGAAUUAAGCCGGGAAGCUGUAGGUCGGCAGGUGGAGCCAAGUUACGCCAGCAGGAACCCCCAUCCCCAUUGAAAUGAUCUCAGGCAGCAACUUUUGUUCCAAAAGAAGGGGCCCUCAACUCACUUGGGGGCCCCUGGACACCCCGCCGUUCCUGGCUGUGGAGCUGGGGGCUCCUGGGAACCGCACGGCCAGCCUCAGCACAGCACUUGGCCAGAUCUGGCCGGGCUUCCCCAGGAGCUGGGCCAAAGCCCAGGCUGCCUCCCAGGGCUUCGGGAGCCCAGAGGCUGAAGGGGCUGCUGCGCUGAGCCGGGGCUCUCGGGCCACCUUUGGCCUGUUGGGAGGACCGCUGCAUCCUGUGGAUGGGUCUCCCAAAUGAGCCUGGGCCAGAAACCCUCGGCCCCUUCGGAGACAGGCCGCGCCCAAGACUGGCUCCAGGCAGCACAGGGGCCGCAGAGUAGCAGGCAUCUUCUAGACAAGCCUCAUUGCGCCCCGUGGGUGUGCGUGCAGGUGCCCCCCGUUUCCACCUGCCUGGCACAGGAGAAGCUCCCUCCGAGUGCCAGGGCUGCCUCGGUCCUCCCUCCCCUUCCAGCGUUCUCUGCCAGGGCCUGGUCGCAGCUCUUCUUCUCUGCCAGUGGUGAAGCACAAGCAAGAUACAAAUAUUAUCCCUGAGCUGUGCAACAUGAAUGUCACAUCCUGUAGUGUUAUUGCAGAAGGCUGUGCUUUUUUUUUUUUAAACCAAAAAUGUUCUAAGAAAUUAGUUGUCUUGUUAUAGCCAAUAUUCAUGGUGAAAAGAAGUUUCCUUUUUCUCUUGUGUACCUUCCGAAAGACCUGUGCUA